AUGGAGUUUGCGGAGCCGGAGGAAGAGGUUAGUCAAGGUGGUGAAGGAUUCGAUGGCUGGAAGAGGAAGAGGUCGCAGACCCAGGACGCACAACCAAUAUCUGCAGUAUCCUUCACCACCACCUCGCCCACGCUUCUUCAAUCAUCUGCUGCCGCCGCAGUUCAGAGUUCGAGGAAAUCUGAUGACUACAGCUACAUAAUCAAAUUCCCACAUGAGAAAGUGGAAAUCGUUGUGGUAGGUGAAGAAGGGCUAGAAGAGGAUGACUUACUUGGAGAAGAUUUGAAUGGUAAAUCUACAGGUAAAGAGGACAGGAAGGAGAACAAGGAAACUGGACAAUUAGAGAAGAAAAUACCCCAGCUGGAAGCAAGACCAGAUUCAGCUUGUGAUUUAGCUUGCCAACAUAUAGACUGUAGUAAAACUUUAGAUCCUGGCAUGGACCUGAAGAACUUAGAAAAGGAACAGGGCGACAAGGAUAAGGCACCUAGUACUCCUAUUAUUAGUGGGAAAACGUCUGAAGUCAUGGAAUACUUGACUGGUUGGCCUAAGGUGUUGCCCCUCGAUCUCCCUGCACAGGCAGUGUCAUGCUUUCCAAUAAAAGCAAUGGUGCUUUCCAAUAAAAGCAAUGGCUUCGCAUGGAAAUUAGUAGUAGUGUAUGGUCCCCCUCCCCCCUAUGAGGAUAAGAAGCAAGGCUUUCUUGAUGAGUCAGAGGGAUCGUGGCAAGCCAUAGGGUGUCAUUUAGGCCCUAGGUGCCCAAUUAAAUGUGGGGUGCUGGCAAGCAGACGGUUGCGAGUGCAGAGGUGGCCAGGAGCAUGGCAGGAGAACGAGAACAAAGAUUACAAAGCACAGGUUGUAGAUAAAGAGCUGGCAACAAGGUUUACCGGAUGCAAUCGAUCAUCCUUGCAUCGUCACCGUCUACGAGAGGGGCCAGAUCUUCCUCAGGCUGCUGCACUCAAGCUCCUCAUGCAUGCUCUCAUUGUCAUACCUAUGCCUCGUCACAUCGCCGCUUGCGCAAUCCUACCCGACACCCCCACAGGCAGAGGAAGAAUCGAUGAGAUCGAGAAGAUACGAGGAUACGAGAAAGAGGACCAGCAGUGUGUGGUGGCUGCUCGUGAAGUUCUAGGAGUAGGGCAAGGGCUGGAUGGGCCAGUAAUUGCAGCCCAUGUUGUGGAAAUCAUGACGGGAGAGGCCAGAUGA